UACACGUCUCUUCGGCGAGACGUGCAGCGCCGCCUCCAGGCGUCCCCGCAGACCGCAAUUCUGAAACAAAAACCUCGCUUCGUGUGCUUGCUUCCAGCUCUCGCCGCCGCCCUCCGCAGCGCCGCCGCCUCUCCUUCCCGGGAGCUCGUUUCACACAGAGAAUCUCAGAUCUUCGGUCCAUCCUCCACGUGGGACUCCGUUCAAGUAUUCUGCCAUUGUGCGCCAGCGUCGCAGGAAGGAUUUUGAGGGAUUGCUUGGGGAAUUCCUCCGAGCGAGCUAUAUAAAGAGCGGAGUGCGUUCUUUCUCAAAUUAAAUCUCGUGCAAUUAUAUCUUGCCAUGGUUGGUUGCUUCACAAGGAAAUGUCACAUUUUGUGGACAUAAGAUGCUGCGGAUGUGGUAUUUGGCCUGCCCCGGUAAUCAUAAACGCGUCUGCGCGCUCUUUCCGGAUAAGAGCACGGUCUGUCUCUUUGGAUUAUCCCAGUAGGACUGAGCAGAAGAAUGAGACUAAUCUAGUGGUGGUACGACCAGAGCGAAGGCUGCGGGAUGAUUUUGUCGAUGCAGGUGCAGACCAUGGAAGUGGCAGAGCAACUGCAGAUUUCAAGAAGGCAGUUCCAUCCUUCGAUGCUAAUCUGAGAAACCUGUUGGAUGAGCAACUAAAACCAGGAAGGCCCUUGGAUCAUAACUCGGGCAAGGUGGCAAACAGGGCAUGCUUUUCAAAGCAUAAAACCGGCUGUUAUGCUUACAGCCUCCGCAGGCACUGCAACAAUGGGAAGCUCAUUCAAGCUUGCCGCAUCAUCGAUGAGAUGGUGUUACAUGGCCAAGUACCAGAUUCAAAGUGUUGUGUUAGAUUAAUUCGUGGCCUUGUGAGAACUGGUAAUACAAAUAAAGCUAGGCAUGUUCUUGAGGUCAUGGUGCUCUCAGGUGGGGUUCCUGACACCAUCACCUGCAACAUGUUGAUUGGGCAACUUUGCUGUGAAGGGCAGCUGAGUUCUGCGAUGAAAGUAUUGGAGGAUAUGAGGUUUACUGGUUGCUCUCCUAGUGGCAUCACUUUCAAUACUUUGAUUAGGUGCAUGUGCAGCCAUCAUUUGUAUGACAGGGCAGUCUCCUUUUGGAAAGAGCAGCUGAAAAUAGGUUGGCCACCAUAUGAGAUGACGAGCACCUUGCUUGUUGACCUCAUAUGCAAACAAUGUGGUCCCAUGCGGGCUCUGGAAGUAUUAGAUGAACUUGAUUUGGAGGGAUGUCAACCACAUGUUGUCAGCUACAACACUCUUAUCAGUGCGUCAUGCAAAGCAGGCUGUUUGAAGGAUGCAAAGUUGAUAUUAACUCGUCUUUCAGCUGAAGGCCUUGAGCCAAAUGGUACAACCUAUUGCAUCUUGCUUCAUUCCCUGUGUGACAAGAGAAGGUGGUCUGAAGUAGGUGAUUUGCUCGCACACAUGAAGCAGGCAAAUCAUAAGCCUGAUGUUACUGCCUACAAUAUCUUUAUAAACUACUUUUGUAGGUAUGGACAUCUGGAUCAGGCAAUUGAUGUUCUAGAGAUGAUGGUGAGUGAGAAAUGCUUUCCUGAUAUAGUGACAUACAACACACUUCUGAAUGCCAUCUCUAAAAGGGGGAUGGUUCAAGAAGCUCUUGGGAUUUUCCAUUCCAUCAGAGAAAAUGGAUGCCAGGUGGUUCGCAUUACAUACAACACCCUCAUAGAUGCUUUAGCAAAAAGGGGUGAUAUUAUUAAUGCUAUGACUCUAUUUGAUGAAAUGAUUGUUGAUGGGAUCAAUCCUGAUGAUGUCACUUAUGGUUCACUUAUUAUGGGGUUCUGUAAGAAGAACAUGGCCAAAGAAGCACUGGAGCUUUUGAAUCAGAUGCUUGCUCUUGGAUUUGAGGUUAAAGCAACUACAUUUUCCAUGAUGAUCCAAGCAUUGUGCAAAGGUUGUAAAGCUGAAGCUGCUGCUGAAAUACUACGAGUAAUGGUAUCAAGAAAUGUCAACCACAGGAGUGCAUUUUAUCUGUCUAUAGUCACAAGGGUUGCUAAGUCAGGUCGGCUUAAAGAGGCUCAAAUUCUACACCAGGAACUAUACAGAGCAAGGUCCCUAAAGAGGAUUCUUAAUUUAUUUUAAGCAGCUAGUUGCUGGAUUGUAAGAUCCUCAUGUCAGAGACAUGGAAGUCAUAGAACACACAAUUCAGCUGACAGUAGAUAAUUCCUUGAAGUUUUGCAGCGUGCCAAUCUGCAUAAUGUCUUUAGUAAGGUACGGAUAGGGGUGGUAGUAGACUCUAAAUUUUACACUAUAAAAUUUAAGAAUUUAAGGAUUGGACCAAAUUAAGAUCGGACUAUAUUUCUUUUUCUUUUUUUGAAUUAGAAUUAAUUAAGGGCUCAAACGAAGAAUUGUGAAGAAACAUUUUGAUCGUGAUGGAGUACAUUGCUCCUGUAAUUUUUGUUUUGGUGUUUUUUACAUUGC